AUCAGGAAACAAUCAUUAUACGACGAGGUAGUUAGUCUCGGAAAAGUCCUGCGAAUCUCCUACGAAGUGUAGUUACGUACAGUAGUUCGAACGAAAGAUGAUUGAUAACGUGAACUAUUAUUAUUGAAUUUUCUUUCUAAACACGCGAAUAUACUUGUUAGUUUACGAUCAACUUGUGCAACAAUUUCUGUUAUACGAAUGAGACCUCUCAACAUUGAUUGUAUAAUAAAGUAGGUAAGUUUAACCGAUUACAAUUUGAUCGAUUUCUCCAUUCUGCGUUCUCCGGCGAACGUUCAACUUCCAAACACAAUACCGGAGUUGUCACAAUAUUACGAUGGCAAGGCGGCGUAUGUAUUCCAUUAGUGAAGAAGGAAACGACGAUAACAGUAAUUCCGAAUUGAGUGAUCUUGUUUUCAAUUUCGAUACGAAGCGAGAAAUACACAAGACGAAUUCCAGCAACAAGACUAACUGCCAACGACGAAUGCUGAGAAAAUGUGGACUCGUCAACGUGCGCAAAUUACGUCUAAACAACAGUCGCAAGAAGUUAUCGAUUCAUUUCCAAGACUUAUUCACAUCUUUGGUGGAAAUGCGAUGGCGAUGGAUCUUCAUACUAUUCACCAUCACGAACGUAUCGAGCUGCUAUCUUUUCGGCGUACUCUGGUGGACAAUAGCUUACUAUCACGGAGACCUAAAAAUGCUCUCGCAGUACACUUCAAUCGCUUACAACGACACGGAUCCUUGCAUUUACGGUAUAGAAGAUCUAGGUACGAGUAUUUUAUUCUCGAUAGAAGUACAAACGACACUCGGAUUCGGCAGCCGAGUUCCAUCUUCUAAAUGCCCCGAAGCGGUGUUUAUAUUGCAAGUGCAAAUUAUCUUCGGUACGCUAUUAGGCUCUAUCUUGUUAGGAUUAAUUUUCACGAAAGUGGCACGACCGAUGGCCAGAAGCAAAGCGAUACUUUUCAGCAAAAAAGCGGUCGUUUGCAUGAGGGAUAACCGUCUAUGCAUUUUAUUCCGAGUAGCGGAUGUAAGAAAAUCGAAAAUACUAGGAGCCAAUGUUCGAGCUUACCUAUUCAACGACUAUACAACGCAGGAAGGUGAGGUGAUACGGCGAUAUCAACGAAAGCUAGAAAUUUCGGUCGACCAAGCGGGCUCGGACGUUAUUUUAUCGUGGCCGUUAACGGUAUGUCACACGAUUACAUCUCAAAGUCCAUUAUUCGAUAUGACUGCUUUGGAUAUGCUACGAUCUGAUUUCGAAAUCAUGAUUUCUUUAUCCGGAGUAAUGGAAACGACCGGUCAAACUUUAGAAGCUAGGACAUCGUACGUGCCAAAUGAAAUCCACUGGGGUCAUCGAUUUGCUCCGAUGAUACGUAAAGUCAACGAAGAAGGACGGACUAAUUAUAUUAUAGAUUAUAAUAAAUUCGAUGUGAUUGUACCGAUCGAUACACCUGUCUGUAGUGCUCGUCAAAUCGCCGAAUAUAGUGAUCCUAAUUCGCCGAUGAAUUUCAUGUUCCAUAUGGACGAUCCACCGUCAUCGAAAGUACCUUCAUCGACGUUUGACAAAGGUAUCGAAAGUUGAGAAAUUGACGAAUAUAGUUACCAGUUGUAUUGUACGAGUAAUUUUUUUGUACGUAGAGAAUAAAUAUCUUCGAGUAAUA